AUGAACUUCAGUUUUCAAUUCCUUGACAUUACAACCAACCCUACCGUAGAUACUAUCUAUGGUACUAUAUUAUCGAUACCAUGGACCAGUGAACUGUGGUUAGUUUCACUAAUUGGAUUUCAUUUUCUCACAUCAAUAUGUGUAAUUGCUCUCCGCAAAUGUACAAAUUUGUUGCUGUGUAUUUUGCUUAUUUCCCUUGGUACUGUUUGGUUUUCACACCGGAUUAAUGAAUUCGCUGCUAAUAACUGGAACUUGUUCGCUACUGAGCAAUAUUUUGAUAGUUAUGGAUAUUUCAUAUCUUGUAUUUGGAACAUUCCUGUAAUUUUAAACAGUCUACUAAUUGUUUUACUCCUUGUUUUACAGAUCAACAGUUUAAUAAUUCAAUCUAAACGGUUGCAAAUUGCUGACAAAAAGCGAUUAAAAACAGAUUAA